AAUAAGGCGAAAUUGGUUUGGGCGCGCAUCAGAUAUAGGGUUUUUUAGUAAAGAGUAGAGAUUUUGAUUGUUGUUCAGAACUCUCUCUUUGGUAUCUUCAAUAUGGAUUUUGACCCUGAUGAUAUUUUCAGAGACGACGAAGAUGACCCUGAUGCUCAACUCUCUCUGCUGGAUAAAGAUUCAACCAAAGAAUAUGUGGUUUACCUAGUCGAUGCUUCACCUAAAAUGUUCAGCACGAGUUGCCCAUCGGAAGACCAAACGGAUGAAAGUCACUUCCACAUUGCCAUCAGUUGUAUCUCUCACUCACUAAAGACUCAGAUCAUUAGCAGAUCAUAUGACCAAGUUGCCAUAUGCUUCUUUAACACGAGGGAGAGGAAGAAUUUACAAGACUUGAAUGGUGUUUUUGUAUUUAAUGUUGGUGAGAGAGAAUAUCUAGACAGGCCAACAGCGAGGCUCAUAAAAGAAUUUGAUCUUUUGGAGGAAUCAUUUUCAAAAAAUAUUGGAAGCCAACAUGGUAUCGUGUCGGGGACUCGAGAAAAUUCUCUAUACAAUGCUAUCUGGGUGGCGCAGGCACUUCUUCGUAAAGGGUCAGCAAAGACAGUUGAUAAACGCAUUCUUUUGUUCACAAAUGAAGAUGAUCCUUUUGGGAGCAUUAAAGGGGCUAUAAAAUCAGAUAUGACAAGAAUGACACUGCAGAGAGCUAAAGAUGCACAGGAUCUUGGCAUCUCUAUUGAUCUUCUUCCCUUGAGUGGCCCUGAUGAAGCGUUCAAUGUAUCUCUAUUCUAUGCUGAUUUGAUUGGGUUGGAAGGAGAUGAUCUUGUUGACUCUAUGCCAUCAGCAGGAAACAAAUUGGAGGAUAUGAAAGAUCAGCUAAGAAAGCGCAUGUUUACGAAGCGCAUAGUCAAAAGACUUAAAUUCACGGUAUUUAAUGGGCUAUCGAUAGAACUGAAUUCAUAUGCUUUAAUUCGUCCCACCAAUCCAGGAGCAAUCACAUGGCUUGAUUCUGUUACUAAUCUUCCUUUGAAGAGUGAAAGAACUUUCAUUUGUGCUGAUACUGGUGCAUUGGUGGAAGAAUCUACUAGACGGUUUCAUGCUUAUAAAAACCAGAAUAUUACAUUUUCAAUGAAGGAGCUAUCUGAAAUUAAGAGAGUUUCUACUGGACAUCUGCUUCUUUUGGGGUUCAAGCCACUAAGUUGCUUGAGAGAUUAUUACAACUUGAAGCCAUCAACUUUUCUUUAUCCAAGUGAUGAGGGUACGGAUGGUAGUAUGUGUAUCUUCAUUGCCCUUCAUAGGUCCAUGAUACAGCUCAAUCGUUUUGCGGUUGCAUUUAGUGGUAGUUCCGCUCGGCCUCAAUUGGUUGCCCUUGUUGCGCAGGAGGAGGUUAUUCAAUCAGGUGGUCAGAUUGAGCCGCCUGGAAUGCACAUGAUUUAUCUUCCAUAUUCUGAUGACAUCAGACUUGUUGAAGAGCGUUUUUCAGAUAAAAGUGGGAUGGUGACUAGAGCAAGUGAUGAUCAAAUUAAAAAGGCAGCUGAUUUAAUUAAGCGUAUUGACUUGAAAGAUUUUUCUGUAUGCCAAUUUACCAACCCUGCAUUGCAGAGACACUAUGCAGUAUUGCAGGCAUUAGCUCUGGAAGAGGAUGAAAUUCCAGAAAUGAAAGAUGAAACAUCACCUGAUGAGGAAGGCUUGUCCAGACCAGGAGUGGUGAAGGCAUUAGAAGAAUUCAAGACCUCUGUAUAUGGGGAGAAUUAUGACGAGGAAAGUGAGCAUGGCAUUGGGAAGCCGACUGAAGCCUCCAAAAAACGAAAAGCGCAUGCUGAGUUUGCAGCAAAAGAGUGUGAAACCUAUGACUGGGGUGAGCUCGCUGACACUGGAAAGUUAAAGGAUUUGACCGUGGUGGAGUUAAAGUACUAUCUUACAGCACAUAAUCUUCCUGUUUCUGGGAAGAAGGAGGCUAUAAUUAGCCGAAUAUUAACUCAUAUGGGAAAAUGAGCAAGCAGGUGCCAACGUUUUCAUUAAUGAUUUUGCAACCUCGAUAACUAGAAUGUCCAAGAAUCCAAGUACUUACAGGAGCUGCUGAAAUUAAUGUUUUUGUACGUAGUUUGCUGUUAACCCGAUCGUGGAUAAAAUUCUGGUUUGUACUUAUUAACUAACCAAACAUGGCAGUAAUGGAGAUAUAGCAAAUUUUACUGUUAUAUCCACAAUCCGUGAUAAACCUCCAACCGGCAAAUUAACACAUUUCAGUUUGCAAAUUGUUGUAAAUUUUUUUAUAUCUUCUUUUUGAUUCA